UACCAGACGUACAUUUACAAACAGUAAAUACCAUGGGUGACAUUUCGAAUGAUUCAGUGACCCAGGGAUAUGAUUACAGUGAAUACUAUUCCCAUAACUCUGAUGAUUCUACUAGUCCAUGUAACAAUGGCGAGGUGAGGAAAUUCGGCAGCAUCUUCCUUCCGACGCUCUAUGGAAUUGUCUUCGUUGUGGGAUUUGUUGGCAACGGCUUGGUUGUAUGUGUCCUGAAACAGCAGAAGUCAAUGACCAUGACGGACAUGUGCCUCCUAAACCUCGCUGUGUCGGACCUGCUCUUCGUCAUCUCCCUGCCGUUCUGGGCUCACGAGGCUGCGGUGUCUAGCUGGGAAUUUGGCAAAUUCAUGUGCGUGGUGGUGACCGUCCUGCACGUAAUGGGCUUCUAUGCCAACAUCUUCUUCAUCGUGAUCAUGAGUGUGGACCGCUACAUGAUUAUCGUUCAUGCCAUCACAGUGGCGAGGUUCAGGUCCUUUAAACUUGGGGUCAUUCUCAUAGCAAUUGUCUGGGCCAUCAGCUUCUGGGCAUCUUUGCCCACCGCUGUCUUCACUCGUGUGAAAAACGAAUCCGGUUUUAAAUGUGAGACUGCAUUUCCCGAGGAUAACAAAUGGAGGCUGUUCACAUAUUAUGAGUUAAACGUUUUCGGUCUGAUAAUUCCUCUCAUAGUCAUGAUUUUCUGUUACUCGAAAAUCAUCCCAACUCUUGUCAACAUCAAAACAAACAAGAAGCACAGAGCCAUCAAACUUGUGCUUCUGAUCGUUCUUAUAUUUUUCUUUUUUUGGACCCCAUACAAUAUUGUAGUAUUCCUGAAUUCUCUGAGGUACUUGGAUUACUUUUCAAACUGCGACAGUAUAAGGGCUAUAAACUACGGUUUGUACUGGACACAGACGCUGGCUUUUACACACUGCUGUCUGAACCCGGUCAUCUAUGCCUUUGCCGGACAGAAGUUCAAGAAGCUUGUUUUGAAAUUACUUCAGAAAUGGUUGCCAGUUUGCUUCACCACCUGCAGAAUCAGUGAAUCCUUCAACACAGAAGUCUCGGAAAGAAGAAGCUCAUUUCAUUCGAGAUCCUCCGAAAUUACAUCUGCAAGACUGCUGUAGCUGUACGCAGGCGAUAUGAACUGAGGCUGGCAUGACUGAGAGGAUAUAAAUUGCAUUCAGUUGCACUUCUUACUUUUCUAUCCAUGGACGUAGGGCGCAUAAACAUAACCGUAACAGCCAUUUCAUUUUCGCAACGUUAAUUUCAAAGUCAGCAGUAGUUUGUCGUAACAGUCUAAAUUCCGCUUUCAACAAACAAAACAUUACUGCCCACUGUUAGUCAUCGCACAUCAUAAUCCAACUCUUCCUUAUGCCAUCUUUGCAUGUACGAAAGGCAAGAAUACAAGAAAAUGUCAUAAAAAACAGAAAAUUUUAAAAAUACACUUAAAGAGUCAAUAA